CACGCGAGGAGAACUAAGACAUUGUAAGUCUGCCAGAUUCGGGUGGCUUCUGAAAAAAAAAGGAGGGGGGGUUGAAUUUGUACCACAGUGGGAUCUUUUUUAUAGUCGCACAUAAUUAGUGCGGUCACAAAGGGAGCAGUUGAAUAGAGGUUGUCAGCCUCUGGAAAAGGGGUGAGUAGGAAUCCUUUUUUUUUUUUAUGUAUUUUUUUAGGGGGGGAUGCUUUUCUCCCCUCGCCCAUCUUUUUUACCACCCCCCAGUAUAACAUGAUCGGAGUCCCCAUAUUAAGUCUUUUCUGUUUGGCCAGAUUUGCUUUUUAUUCAUGUAACAAGUCCCCAUCAGCCAAACAGCAUCAAAAAUGAUCCCCUGAGUAUUUUUGUAAAGUGGAAAAUGAUUCAUCUUGCCGUUUAAAAUGAGUCGAAUUUAAAAGAUUCAAUGAACUUCUUCUCCGCGACACUGCAGGAUAUUCAUGCUGAUGGAUUUCCUCCUAAUAGGUCUGUAUUUAAAGUGGACACUAAGAAAGCCCCCUGGGUGGAUACUGUGCUCUCUGGGCAUCUUUCUGAAAAUGGUCCUCCUGGUGGGGGGGAGUUGUCCGAGGUUGUGCCGCUGCGACAGCAAGCUGCUGUACUGCGAGGGGCUGAACUUGACUGACAUCCCCCACAACUUGAGCAGCGCUACAGGCUUGUCUCUGCGGGAGAACAACAUCUCGGAACUGCGCGAGGGGCACUUCGUCGGCCUGUCGCAGCUCACCUGGCUCUACUUGGAUCAUAACAACAUCGAAUUCGUGGAGGAGAGCGCCUUCGAGAGGCUGAGGAGGAUUAAGGAGUUAGACCUUAGCACCAAUCGGAUAGAGAGCCUGUCCAAUGGGACCUUUAGACCCCUGCCCAAUUUGCGCAUCUUGGAUUUAUCCUACAAUAGGCUGCAGUCCCUGGAGCCAGACCUUUUCCACGGACUUAGGAAGCUUACUAAUUUGCAUUUGCGCUACAACGCCCUGAAAUUUGUUCCUGUGCGGAUCUUCCAGGACUGCAGGAGUAUGCAGUUUCUGGACUUGGGUCACAACCAGCUGCAGAGCCUGGCUCGAAACUCUUUUGCUGGGCUCUUUAAGCUGACCGAGCUACAUCUGGAGCACAACGAGUUGGUGAAAAUAAACCUGGCCCACUUCCCUCGUCUCAUCUCCCUGCGCACUCUCUACAUGCGGAACAACAAGGCCACUAUUGUGGUCAGCACCCUAGACUGGACCUGGCACUUCCUGGAAAAGAUUGAUUUCUCUAACAAUGAGAUAGAAUACAUUGAGCCGCAUGUUUUUGAAAGUGUACCCAACCUCAAAGAGCUCAUGUUGGACUUUAACAAGCUGACAAAUGUGGACCAGCGCAUUUUGGGUUCUUGGACAUCUCUGGGCAGCAUCACCCUGUCCGAAAAUCCGUGGGAAUGUAGCCGCAACGUCUGCGCCUUGGCCUCCUGGCUGAGCGGCUUCCAGGGCCAACGCGACACCGGCUUGUUGUGCUUCACCCCGGACAUGGCCCAAGGCGAGGACAUCCUGGAUGCCGUCUAUGCCUUUCAGCUGUGCGUGGACGGUCCUGAGGGCACGACGCAGACCUACACAGCGACAAGAGACCUGGCCCGAGGCUCUAUUUUCAAAGGCCCUACGAGAGGCCCGUACGACUUGCAGGACAUAGAAGGUGGAGAGGUGGUUACCAACUCCUUCACAGUCACUGUGGCCAACGAUGAUCUGGAGAACACCAUGCAGAUUCAAAAAGUAGUGACAGGAACCAUGGCACUUAUCUUUUCAUUCCUGAUUGUGGUGCUCACUCUGUACGUGUCUUGGAAGUGUUUUCCGGCCGGCUUGAGACAGCUGAGACAGUGCUUUAGCAACCAGCGUCGCAAGCAAAAACAGAAGCAGAACAUGCAGCAGAUGGCCACCAUGUCCACGACAGAGUACUACGUCGACUAUAAGCCCAACAACAUUGAAGGAGGCCUUGUGAUCAUCAACGAAUACGGCUCCUGCACGUGCCAGCAACAGGCCUCUAGAGAGUGCGAGGUUUGAUUGGUGGCUAUUGCCUUUGAUCCAAUUCAUACAGGACAGGUUUUUUCCGCUCUACCACACUGUGCUGCUUUUGCGAAAAGGCUGGUUAGUACAAAACAGGACUAAGGACUAAAAAGGAAUUACUGCAAGGCUCCAUGGCUUUCCAUUUUUGGGACUGGUUAAUAAGGUACCGCAGAGGCAGGAACAUUUUUGAGGAAUACAGGGACUAAUCAAUGUCACAUGGUGACACGUGGAUACUUGAGCUUUAAUGUGUCUUUCUACCACAGGAGAUUUCAAUCUACCGAGGACAUCACUGAUAUGAUUUCUUUUUGUUUGUUUCCCAUCGUGGUAACAAUUUAAAUGAGAAGAAAAAUGAAGUGUGUGUAAAAUAUGUCAAAAUGCAAACAUGGGAAUAAAAAAAAAGAUGCUAUUCUAUUUCUUUUUGUAAACUAUGGAAAAUAAGAAAUGUUUAAAUAAACAAAUUGCAAUUCACAGUAGUCAGGUCUGGACAUGAGUUCAAGUGUGUAGGUGGAGACUGUGAAGUCAGAUUGGCUGUGCUGUGUCUGCAAAGGUUAUAUAUAUAUAAACAAAAGACGAAGGAGGGGGGGGGUGUCGUGGCAUUUAGAAUAUUGAGCCUCGAUGUGAGAUUCAGAUUCUUUGCUUUUAUUUCUUUGGCAUCUCACGACACGUGAGGAAUGAUCACUGUGCAAACUUGAUGUUACUCUUGUGGUUGCUUAUUUUCCCCUCCUCCACCUGAUUAAUGUUGUUCAGGAAACAACCGGCAACGGGCAAAAAAAGAGGUAUGAUGCAUUUCAUCUUGCCUGUGUGCUGUCUACAGAAUGAAAUUAAAGAAAAGAAU